AUGGCCCACAAAGAAACCAGUACAAAUACAUCUGAUAACAAGCAAGACCGGUCCACUAAGUCAUCACUUUCGUCAUACGACAACUUCGCCAUGGAAGAAGGGGGUACAACUGCGAUACUUUAUGGAAAUUCCAGCUCGUGGAAAAACAGAAAUGACGACAUGGUCAAGAAAAGUAUAAGUGGUAGACCGCUGAUUAUUGUUCUUGUAUUCGCCCUGAUAGUCGUUCUCGCUACCGCCACUACGAUGAUCGCGUUAUUCGCUACUAAUAAGCUACCAGUUAGAGACAGCGUAAAGGACCAAGAUGAUUUGAAAUUUGAACCUGAACCUAAACCUAGGCCUGAACCUGUAGCUGAAGAUGAUUUGAUAUUUGAAGACACGUUUGAUACGUUCCGAUUUGACUGGUGGCAACACGAGAUGACAGCAGGAGGUGGUGGGAACUGGGAGUUCCAAUACUACACGAACAACCGUUCGAACAGUUACGUCAGGGAUAAUAUCCUGUAUAUUAAACCGACUCUGACUCUUGAUAAAUUUGGAAAUGAUGAACACGGCAUUUUGUAUGGCACACUGGACCUAUGGGGCCACACACCUGCUAAUCUCUGUACUGCAAUCCUUGAAGUUAUAUUAUAUUAUAUUAUAUUAUUCACAGCAAUAUGGAUGUUACCAAAGUAUAAUGAAUAUGGUGAUUGGCCAGCAUCUGGUGAAAUUGACAUUGUGGAAAGCAGAGGUAACGUGGACUACAAAUCUCCUGACGGAGUUUCACAGGGUGUGGAUAGCAUGGGUAGUACAAUGCAUUGGGGACCAUACUUUCCAUGGAAUGGAUGGAACAAAACGCACGCUACAAAAUUUUUCGUUGAUGAUAAAUUAACUUUAGAAGUCGAUCCUGGUGAAGACGGGUUCUACAAAUACGGUGGAUGGCAUGAGAGUAUACCAGAUGUGAUGAACCCAUGGGCUAAUAGUCCAAAUAAAAUGGCACCGUUUGAUAAAGAGUUCUACCUCGUUAUGAACGUUGCUGUUGGAGGUGUUUCUGGGUAUUUCUGGGACGGUAAUGUAAAUGGUGCGUAUGCUAAACCGUGGCUUGAUACUUCCCACACGGCGGCAAAAGACUUUUGGAACGGCAAAGAUCACUGGUAUCCAACAUGGAACCCGGAAUUGGAUAACGGAGAAAGCGCGGCAAUGCAGAUCAAAAGUGUCCGAGUGUGGAAAAGAGAGUAA